AAAAAGAUAAGCAGACUAAGAUGCAUUUCUCAGAUGAUUGCACCGUCCCUCUGUCACUUAUUUUCUCUGGACUCCUUUGUUUAAUCAGCCUAAAACUGUUCUGGAAAAGAGGAAAGCUUCCACCAGGUCCUAUCCCUCUGCCAGUGUUUGGGAACGUUAUGCAGUUAAGCAGAGGAAAUAUAGUGACUUCACUGUUCAAGCUGCGGAAAAAAUAUGGGGAUGUGUUUACCGUCUAUCUGGGGUCUCGGCCAGUUGUGGUGGUAAAUAGAUACAAAGCAGUCAAAGAAGUCUAUGUGGACAGAGCUGAUGAUUUCUUAGCCAGAGGAGAUAUCGCGGUGUUUGACACCAACUUCAAGAACUAUGGAUUAGCCUUCACUAGUGAUAUGAACAGGUGGAAGGAGCUUCGUCAGUUUUCCCUGUCGGCCAUGCGGAGUUUAGGCAUGGGAAAGAAGAAAAUAGAAGAACACAUUCAAGAGGAUGCUUGCUACCUAGUGGCUGAACUGAAAAAAACAAAAGAAUCAUUUUUUGAUCCUCGACAAUUCCUCAACAAAGUGUCGGGCAAUGUGAUUUUCUCCAUCAUGUUUGGGAACCGCCAUGAUUAUGAUGAUGUAAAGCUUCUUAGCAUUUUAAAUACUAUGAAUGAAACCUUCUUUAUUGCCAGCUCAGGCUGGGGGCAGGUGUUUGAAAUGUUUCCAAGAAUCAUGUGCCUGAUCCCCGGAAAGCACCAAAAGAUUUUUUCAAACAUGGAGAAGCUCCUGCACUAUGUGAAGACAAGAGUGGAGAUGAGCCAAAAGACUCUGGACACAGAUAAUCCUAGAGAUUAUGUAGACACUUUCAAUGGCAAUCCUCUGAAAGAUAAAAAUAACCCACACACUGAAUACAAUAUGACCAACUUGGUGAACAGCACUCUACAGAUCUUCUUUGCUGGUGUGGAGACCACAAGCUCAACACUGACCUAUGCUCUCCAUAUUUUUAUGAAAUAUCCCGAAGUGCUUGCCAAAGUCUACAAAGAGAUUGAACAUGUCAUUGGACAUGAUCGGAUUCCCAAAGUGCAAGACCGAAACCAAAUGCCAUUCACAGAAGCUGUGGUCCAUGAAAUACAGCGAUUUAUUGACCUGAUUCCUAUGGGCAUGCCUCGAAAAACUACAAGCGAUGUGGAAUUUAGAGGGUACUUCUUACCCAAGCACACCAAUGUAUUUCCAAUGCUGACCUCCGUGCUGAAGGACCCCAAUUUUUUCUCAUACCCAAAUGAAUUUAACCCCCAAAAUUUCCUUGACGAAAAUGGUAAAUUUAAAAAGAGCAAUGCCUUCAUGCCUCUUGCUGCAGGUAAGAGAAACUGCUUGGGUGAAGCUCUGGCCCGAAUGGAGAUUUUUAUUUUCAUAGUUAUUAUCCUACAAAACUUUACACUCAUGUCAGAAGUGCCCCAGGAGGAUCUGGAUCUUAGCCCAGAUGUAUCAGGAAUUGGGAAUAUUCCAAAAUCAUACAAGAUGGCCUUCAUUCCUCGCUCAAACUGAACUCUGGCUGUAGUAUUUUAUAUACAGGGAUGGGUCCCAUGGCAACUGUCCGGCCUGUGAACUAAAAAUGAUUCU